UUAAACACAAUCGCUGAAAGAAGAAGAAAGGCGGACGUGACAUCAAAUGUUGUCAUGGCGUCUCACAUGUAAUUCAUGAGCUUCCAAAUUUUGCUUCAUAAGUGCAUUAGGAAUUUUCAAGUUUGGAGUGAAUAAACUUGCUCUCUUGCUCCCAGGACCAAAACAAUGAGUACUCAAUACAGCAUUCUGUUCAAACAAGAACAUGCACAUGAUGAUGCCAUCUGGACAGCAGCGUGGGGCAGAAGUGAAGCAGAUGGUUCAGAAACCAUCAUCACUGGAUCCCUAGAUGAUAUGGUGAAAGUCUGGAAAUGGUCGGAUGAGAAGCUGGAGCUGCAGUGGACUCUGGAGGGCCACCAGCUGGGAGUGGUGUCAGUGGACAUCAAUCACAGCGGAGCCAUCGCUGCCUCCAGCUCCCUCGAUGCACACAUCCGUCUCUGGGACCUGGAGUCUGGAAAACAGAUCAAGUCCAUGGAUGCCGGCCCAGUUGACGCGUGGACAGUCGCCUUCUCUCCAGACUCUAAAUAUAUCGCCACGGGAAGCCAUCUUGGCAAGGUCAACAUCUUUGGUGUGGAAAGUGGGAAGAAGGAAUAUUCUCUGGACACUCGAGGAAAAUUCAUUUUGAGUAUAGCUUAUAGCCCUGAUGGGAAGUAUUUGGCCAGCGGAGCUAUCGAUGGAAUCAUCAACAUCUUCGACAUCGCCACCGGGAAGCUACUCCACACACUGGAAGGUCACGCCAUGCCCAUCAGAUCUCUCACCUUCUCCCCGGACUCUCAGCUGCUGGUCACGGCUUCUGACGAUGGCUACAUCAAAAUAUAUGACGUGCAACAUGCCAACCUGGCUGGCACUCUGAGUGGUCACGGAUCCUGGGUUCUUAAUGUCGCCUUUUCCCCAGAUGACACCCACUUUGUCUCAAGCUCAUCUGAUAAGAGUGUGAAGGUUUGGGACGCCAGCUCCAGAACUUGUAUCAACACUUUCUUUGACCACCAAGACCAGGUGUGGAGUGUAAAGUACAACAGCACCGGCUCAAAGAUCAUCUCUGCUGGUGAUGACCGUGCCAUCCACAUCUAUGACUGUCCUAUGUAACUAAGAGCGGGUUGCUGGAGGAGAGCCCCACAUGUCAGCAGCUGAGAUCAGAUUCUAGUUGUAAAUUUGAUGGAUUGUUUUGCACUGACCGAAUACGGUCAAAUAAAUGGUUUGUUUUUGUA